UCACCGCGCACUGCUACAAAAAUAUGAUCCCGAGGAGAGACGCUCCAGCGCUUCAACACUUGAGACAACAACCUCUCUGCGACUGAUAGCAGCUUCAAUCACAGCCCGGUCCGCUCCUUCUACAACUAUUCUCCACUCCAUUUUCGCUUUCUUUAUUUCUUCUUUUUUUUUUUUUUUUUUUUUUAUUCCUUUGCGCUGGAUCUUCCGUGCCAGAAAAUGUGUGUGGACAGAGAUGGGUGCGAGAUUGAAGGCUGCAGCAGUUCGGAUGAGGUGCGCACGCUGUCCGGCAGCAUGAGCCCAGGACUGAAAUCCAACCCGGACCUGCACCCGUGCAAGCCGGGCCACAAAUUCAGAGCUGCGCUGCUCAGAUGCCGCUCACCGGCUGCUGCUGCCGGGAUCCUCAGCUUUGGAAACGUCCUUAAUUACAUGGAUAGAUACACAGUGGCCGGGGUCAUUCAAGACAUCCAGCAGCACUACGACGUCUCAGACAGCGGGAUUGGCUUGUUGUCAACAGUCUUCAUCUGCAGCUUCAUGGUGGCAGCUCCCAUCUUCGGUUACCUUGGCGACCGCUUCAACAGAAAGGUCAUCCUGAGCUGUGGCAUUUUCUUCUGGUCUAUUGUGACUCUGUCGAGCUCCUUCAUCAGUAAAGAGUAUUACUGGCUGUUCGUGCUCUCCAGGGGACUUGUGGGUAUUGGAGAGUCAAGCUACUCCUCCAUCUCUCCCACCAUCAUAGGAGACCUGUUCACCAAUAACAGCCGCACCAUGAUGCUCUCUGUUUUCUACUUGGCCAUCCCGCUGGGAAGCGGGUUGGGCUACAUCCUGGGCGCCAGCGCCAAGGUGGCUGCAGGAGACUGGCACUGGGCACUGAGGGUGUCUCCAGUUUUAGGGAUCACCGCUGGGACUCUGAUCCUGGUCUUCGUGCCAGAGCCAAAGAGGGGCAGCGCCGACCAGAUGGGAGGACGCAUCAAAACUCGCACAUCCUGGUUCUGUGACAUGAAGGCACUCGCCAAAAACCGGAGCUACGUGUUCUCCUCCCUGGCAUCGGCGGCGGUGUCUUUUGCCACAGGUGCGUUUGGUAUUUGGAUUCCCCAGUACCUGGACAGGGCCCAGGUGGUGCAAAAGACGAGAGACGCCUGCAGCAAAGGCAUCUGCAGUAGCCAGGACAGCCUAAUCUUCGGUGCCAUCACUUGUGUGACCGGUCUGUUGGGCGUCGUCAUCGGAGCAGCCACCACACGCUUCUGCCGCCAGAAGACCGAGCGAGCCGACCCACUGGUGUGCGCCGUCAGCAUGCUGGGCUCGGCCAUCUUCAUCUGCCUCAUCUUCGUGGUGGCCAAGAAGAGCAUCGAAGGAGCUUAUGUUUGUAUCUUCAUAGGAGAGACGCUGCUUUUCCUGAACUGGGCCAUAACAGCAGACAUUUUAAUGUUUGUCGUCAUUCCGACGAGGAGAGCAACAGCGGUGGCCUUUCAGAGCUUCACCUCUCAUCUACUGGGUGACGCAGGGAGUCCAUACCUGAUCGGCCUGAUCUCAGACGCCCUUCAGGAGAGCUACGCUACGUCGGCUCUGUGGCGGUUCCUCAGUCUGGGUUAUGCCCUCAUGCUCUGCCCCUUCAUCAUCGUCCUGGGGGGCAUGUUCUUCCUGGCCACAGCGCUGUUUUUCCUGGAUGACAGGGAGAAGGCUGACAAACAGUUGAACCAGCUGACACGGCCCCCCUCCUCAGUCAAGGUAUGACCAGGUGACAGCCAAAUGAGGAGCAAUCUGAAGGAGCAACCAAACUCAAAAAGGAUGACAAAUGGAGAUUAGAAGCAGGGGCAGCUGAUCUACUUCUUUGAAUUCACGCCCAUGUUCUCAUUGCUGCCAUCACCUCCACGAUCCUCCUCCUUCUCUUCCUCCUCCUCCUCCUCCUCCUACUGCUGCUCUUCCUUUUGCUCACUGAGGCCGCUCAGAACUAGAAUGAGGGAGCGUCUUGCCCCUCCUUGAAACGCCUCCAGAUCACAGACUCGUGUCGUGAAGUCGCACAGCAGUUUGCUCAGCGACAGCUGGUGUCCUCCUCACCUCUGUCUGCGAGGAUCCACUGAACCUUCGAUGGAGGAGGCGGUGGUGCUGGCAAAAUCCCCACCCUGUGUGAGCCUUCUGACUCCUGAUGCCAUACUACUGAAUGCUGACCAUGAACCUGCCGUGUCUGUCUGUCUGUCUGUCCGUCCGUCUGUCUCCUAUGUGUCUGUCUGUUACAUCGGCUGUCGAUCUGCACCAAGUGCCAUGGCGUCAUUACAUUCCUCCAGACUUUGCACUGACCACCAACAACCUUCAUGACUUCCAUCUCUGGCUGUGUUUACAUGCACAAAAUAAUCCAGCAUCUUGUUAUGAAUUCAGUUUGAUUAAGCUGCUUACACUCACAGCAGGACAGCAGAAGAAGUGUUGUUUUUAACCGCACUUAUAAAGCUCUGCUUUAGCUCAUAUUUUCCACAAUUUAUUCUGCAGGCAAACAGAGAGGAGCUGCAAAAUUCCUGCCCUUAACUGUUUAAAAUACAUGUUUUUCAGUGUCAAAUUAUUCUACAUAUCCUCAUCUGCAGUAUUAACAACAUGAACAUCCAGCUUGUUUACUGAUAAAUGCAGCUUUCUCACCAUAUAUCCGAUUUUUUUGUCCCUUGUGCAUAUAAACACAGCCGUCAACCAAGAGCCAAAUAGUGUUACUGUCUAGCGGUCAGUGAUUCAGCCUUAACAAUUCGAGCUUUCUCAUCAUCUGCUGUUUCUUUUGACCCCUGAGUGUGUUUUUUAUUUGAGCUUUUAGCACUUAAUCAGCGCAGACAGCACCACAGAGCAUGACAGAGACAAGAGAUUUCUGCACAUUAUUUUGUUGUGAUUUUUACAUUUUUGUUAUGAUGUUUGAUUUGAAACUGGAGGUUUCUGCCUAUGAUUGUUUCAGAAAGGAUUAUGAUGCAAUCCUUGGUGAUUUUUUAAAGCAAACACUGGAUUAUAUAUAUUUUAUAAUUUAUAUUGUACAUGCUUUUCCCAAAAGGUAAUGCUACUUUUUUUGACUUUUUUGUGUGGAAGCAAUACAAACCAACCUUUUUGUACACACUGCCUUAUCAGUGAGCUAGGUUUCCCUUUAAAGGGGUGAGCUCUCUGAUGGUUGGUUUUGAAUUUCUGGACACAUCACCCACACAGAGACUGAGUUGCUUUUAAUGACGGAUUCCAGCUCUGUCCACGCUGGUUACAAUAGCAGCCAUUGUGAAAAAGAGACUUGCCCCCUCUCGGAAUUGUAGAUAUCCCAUUCCAGGUUAGAAAGAGUCACAAUUAUCGGUUUAUUUCUGAGGGAAAUAGUAAUCCCAGACAGGAAGAGGAAAUUCCUCAGCCUCAGGUUGGACUGAUGGCGAGCUCUCAUUAUCGUUGAUAGCUGAUAAGCAAGGAAUUCUUCUUUGAAACCAAACCAGCAAGAUCUCAGAUGUCCCUGCUGGUCAACAGAGUCCACUUAAAGGUAUCAUAUGCAACUUUAAGAGCAGCUAUCCAGUAGAUGACGCACUUACCUGCAAAUUCCACAUACUCCUUGUCUGCUGUGUUGCAUGCACACCAAGGAUUGCUCAAACCAACAGCAUGCCUUCAUGCACUGGUUUCUGAAGCAAUGCCAGCACAGUGCUACCCUGAUCAACUGCAGACGUGAGAUCACAGAACUACAAGUUCACCUGGGAAAUGUGAAAUCAUGUGUGGACUGACAUGUUUUUACUUGCGGACAGAGUAUGUGGAAUCUGAGAGUUGAACAACAAACCCCCCUCCUUUCAUUUGGUGUCCCAGCCAAUAGCAGCAGUUUCUAAAACAGAUUGCAAAUUGAGAUAUGCAGCUUGAAAUGGAUUUGGUUUCCAGUUCUUUGACUUAUUUUAGACCAAAAAGAGAAUUUACUUUAGUUUUAAGAGUUAGUUGAUUCACCUUGCAUUGAGCUGAAACAAUAUUUGUCUGAGAGCUGACAAACCCAGCUGAGAGCAACAAACCCAGAGGGAGUUAAUUAGUGUUCAAAAUGUUGCAUAUUAUACCUGAAUUUAGAGUUAACAUGCACAGAGGGAACAAAAAAUAUACAGUAGACAAAAGCUGCAUUAGAUUUGAUAUUACAUGCAUUAAUCACAUUUUCAUAUUUGCGAUUAAGCUCAUUUAGAAAUGAGAAAAAAAUCUCCUUUCACUAGUUGUUUGUAGAUAGAAUGUUUUAGAUUUAAGCUACCUUGGAGGAAGUUUUUUAGUCUGCUGGAUACAAUUUUACAGAAACCUUGAAGCCACUAAUGGAGUCCAAGGUUUUAAAACUUGUGCAUUAAAGGGAAAAAAGCACUUUGCAGACUUCAAGAAAACAGCAGGAGGAGGAAGAGGAGGAGGGGGGGUCUGACCUCAGCAGAGAAAUAAAGGGAGACGUCGAGGUUGUUCUUGUAGCAUUGAUGUGCUAGCGUGACUCACCGGCUGUGUGUGGGGUGCUGCUGCUGUGUGGGCUGUGUCCUUGUUACAGAUCAUUAGCUUUAGCUUCUCUCUGACUGCGUGGAGCUCUCUGAAUGUGACUCUGUCCAACCUGAUGUGUUUACACACCUACAUCUUCUUAAUGAACUAAGCUUCUUACCUUCCUUUUAUUUUUUUUAAUGUUACCAAAUGAGUUUUUUUAUAACUACAAUAGAGAUAUAUAAAGUUAUAUCAUGCAGCAACUUUAAUAUAUUGUAAAUGAUGGCUUGGAUGCAAUGUAUUUAUUUGUUACCACAAUGAAGAAUAAUCUAUAAAGGGAAGUUUAAUGUUUGAGUAUACUACACUUUGCUGUUUGUCAUUGGGUUUAGAAAUGUUCCUCCUUUUGUAUCACAGCUAAACAACACAAUACCUUUGACUUCACUAAGAUUCACCCUGAUUACUGUGAUCAUGAAUUAGACUGCUACGGUGGCUCACAAGGACAAAUGCACCACAAAGCUUUGAAAGACUCUUACUGUGAUGAACAGGCUGAUAAUUCAAAGCCAUGUCCAAACGUUGGAAACUAACACAAUGAAAGAAAUGCGUUGCUAAUUGAAAAGCCAAAACAAGCAUAAGCAAAUGUGCUGCAAAUACACUUUAUUCUAGUGGGCCUAAUUACAUCUAAUAACUUGGUCAUAUGUAGUAAUUCUCAAGUAAUUCCUUGUCAUAUUUUGGUAAUUCUCUGGUAAUUAAGUGGUAUUUUACCUGAACCCUAGACCUGACCCUAACCUUAUACAUUACUUGAAAAUUAUUCAGCAAGGGCUCAUUUUAAUUUAGUGGGCCUAAAUAAAGAAAUUACCAAGUAAUUAUCAAGCAACUUCUAUAGAAAAUGAUCCUCCUAUUUCCAAGAAAUAAGUAAAAUACAGUCAAAUUACCUGAUAAAAGCCACAAUGUUAUGACGGUUAAGGUCAGGGUAAGGGUUCAGUUCGGGUAAAAAAAACAACCUAAUUUCCAGAAAAUUGCCACAAUAUUACAAGGUUUAGGAUUAUGGUUAGGAUGAGGGGUAGGAUUAGGGUAAAAUGCCACCUAGUUACCAGGGAAUUGCCACAAUGUUACAAGGCUUAGGCCUAGUUGUCCCUAUAAUUACCAGAGAAUUGCUAUAAUAUUUCAAGGAAUUAUUUGAUAAUCAAUAUAUUAUUACUAGGUAAACACUACCUUAAUAUUACUGAGUCUUUACUCGGUAAAAUGCCAUCUUAUUGCUUGAAAAUUACCAACAUAUUCUUGAGGAAAUUAUUGCACAUUAACAUUUCUUACUUUAAAAUUACUGGAGAAUUAGAGCCCACUAAAAUAAAGUACUACCAAAAUGGUUCAAAGUUAAAAUCACAAAAAAUUAGGGAAACAAAUGCAAUGGAAAAAUGCUUCACAACCAGUCAUUACAAAGAAAAGGUACUCCUUGCCUGUAGGGGGCGCUGAAUGGAACAGCUUUAUUGUUGUAUGAAGAGGUGGACACCUUUUAUGUUUUCAUUUUAUAUCUGACACAAAAUCCCAGGACAGCUCUUCUUAAGGUCAUGCACCUCUACAAAACAACCUACCUAACAUGUGAGCUUUACCCAUACAAAACUUAAGCUCUGAUUUUGAUUAAUUCUAAGAAUGCAUGUUUAUACAUAGCCAGUGUGGCUGCUCUUAGAUGGCUAGUAAGCUCAGUUAGCCAUUCAGCUAGCAAUAUUUAAAGCUUAAUCUCCCUGCUUUGGGAAACCUGGACAUUUGAAAAGUAUGACAAGCAUGUAUCUUCAAUAUGACUGUGGUUGUGUCCCAAUUUAGGGUCUGCAUCCUUCAGACCCCUGAAUUGAGACACAACUGUAGUUUCACUGAUGACUAUAAGCACAGUUUCAGAAAAGUUUCUGUAAAAUCAGCUUCCAUUAAGGGACCCCUUCAUGAAUGAAGAGUUAACAUUGUGUUGGCUAUAUGCAGCAAUUUGUGUAGCCCUUUUAAAGAUUUUUAUAACUUUGGAUCAGUUUGCAUUCGUCAAGCUUUCUUAUGCACACUUUUGUUCCCCCUUUCUGUUUUAUUAGCCUCUUUUUGUCUUUUGCAACCCAUUUCACUAAUUCAGAUCCUUUGAGUCACUGCAGUGCAUUUGUCGUCAUCAGCCACCGUAGACUUCUCACACAUUUAACACAUUAAAGGAAAGAUGCAAUGUGAUUGUUUCAAACAACCAAUUGCUGUCAUGUUUAGGGUGCACUACUUUGCAUUCAUUUUUGUAGCUCUUGUGUAAAUGUUUUUUUUUUUUUCUUCUUUUUUUUAAUUUUAGAACAACUGAUAAAACCAUUUUGCACACGUAUUGUUCAGGGAUUUAUUUGAACCAUCAACUCCACAGCCUCUGCAGCAGAGGUCUGUCACUUCAUGCUCACAGUAAGUGCUGACAUUUUGUCUUCGAUCAUAAGAAGGGACGUUGGCUCUGGUCAGAUGGGUCAUGAAUCGAGUUUCACUUUGCCAAAAUUUAGUCGAUUGAGCACCAAUCCUUUUAGGAGUAUAAGUCCGUCGUAUUGAGUAAUUCUGUGUUAAUAAUCACUGAAGUGAUGUACGGAGAAUGUAUUUCUUGUCAUACAAGAAUUCUGUAUAAAGAAGCCUUUUUCUGAUGUUGAGCAGAAAACAGAGGUUAUUUUUAUUUUUAGAGCAAGUCAAUACAAAAGAGAGGUGUUUGAAAAUCAAAGGAUAUUAUUCUAGCUGAACUGUGAUAGAAAUGUACAUGUCUGUAAAUCAAAUAAACUUAUUUAAUCACUUCA